AUGACUAAUAAUGAUACUUCUAUAUCCGAAAACUUAUAUUUAAACAAAGUUUCUAACAAACAAGUAAUCAAACGGACACGCGAACAAAAAUACAAACUAUACACAUUCAUUAUCUUAAUUUUCUUACAGAUUUUUAUAAACUAUGACAACGGUGUGGUUCCGGUUUCUCUGAACUGGAUUCAGGAACCAUAUAACUUUAGUAGUACCGAAUUAGGUAUCAUGGGAUCACUUGCAUACUUUGCCUAUGUUGCAAUGUCACCCUUUAUGCCAUAUUUAUUUUUGACAUUUAGUUCUCAAAUCGUAAUAACCGUUGGUUUAAUCAUCAACCUUUUCUCGUUGGCUGUUUAUGGACUUUCCGUAAAUAAGUAUAUGUUCUUCGUUUCUAAAAUUUGUAUUGGAGCUUCACAGGCAUUGUUCACAACAUACUACCCAAUAUGGGUUGAUACAUUCGCUCCAGAAUUUCACAGGAAUCUUUGGAUGUCAAUAUUACAAGGUGGUAUAGUAACUGGGAUGACAUCUGGAUAUAUUGUUACUUCACUAUUUUCAUUCACUGGAAACAGGGGUUGGAGAUACAGUAUGCUCACUCAGGUUGUAUGUGAAUUAAUUUUAGUAGUUUUGUUCUAUUUAGUUCCAAAGGAGUUUGUUAAUUUUGAUCCAUCUAGGGAUGAACAUGUGGAUUUUAAUCUUUGCUCUUGUGAAAAGUCAUGUUCAGAUACUAUGGAAAUAAACACUGACAAGGGCAUUUGUUUAACCAGUUCCUUUGAUGGCCUAUCCAAUGGUCAGGAUUCUGUUCAUAAACGGUAUCGCAGUUUAGAUUUUGUUUCAAAUGUAUCAUUCGGAAUGAACAGAAACCAACAAAUUUCUAGACUUCAUUCCAGUUUUGAGGGCUUCUCCAGUAAACCUGAAUAUUCUAAAUGCAGUAAAUGUUUCAUAAACAAUGUUAAAUUAUAUCAGGAAACAAUGAGUGUAAAAAAACUUUCGACGUGGUCAAAAUUUAAAUUAUUAAUUAAACAUAAUAUAUUCAUCUUAUCGUGUAUUGGAAUGUCCUCGGUUACAUUUUCUGCCUCAGGAAUGAAUUUCUGGCUAACAAAAAUUUGUUUGGAUUACAUUAAAAUGAAUAAUAAGGGAGUUUACCUCAUAUUUUCGGUUCAGCCAAUAACUGGUGUAUUGUUUGGGAUAAUUAGCGGAUCUCACCUGAUCGACCAAAUCAUUUAUCAUUAUCCAGAGCUUCCACUUUUCGUUGAUUUCACCCUCAUAGUUUGGUCGAUAAUAAUAUGCAUAUUUGAUAUUGUUGUAAUUGUUAUACAAGUUCCAAUUGUUUAUGGAUUUUGCGUUUUUAUUAUUUUGUUCUUUGGAUCAGCGAUAGUUCCAACACUAACAUUACAGUCGGUUGCGUAUCUUCCUCAUAGGCUUAAACCUGCAGGUGCAACUUUCUUCAUAUGUCAAUACCAUAUAUUAGGCUUUACACUAGGUACUAUAAUGCCAGGAAUAGCAAUAGAUAUAUUUAACAGUUACACUGCUGCUCUUUGUGUCAUCUUCCUACCCGGUUUUGUCCUGUUAGCUUGUUGUAUCGCCAUCAUGUGCAUCAAAUGGAACAGAAUUAAUAAAGCGAGACAAACUGGUCGAAGUAUAUAUAUUAAGGGAUUAGUUGUAAUUUAA